AUGCAAGGCCGCGCCUCCCCACCACCUGCCCUUGCACCCGGCACAUUCUCUUCCGUCCUACCUGCCGUCGAGGACAUCCUCGGUCUCGUGUACAGGCUCGCGGAAGGUGGUGGUGCCAACGACGAGAUUGUCCAGAAGGCCAAGGCCAUCGCUGCCCAGCUCGCCGAAAUGAAUAUGGCCGCGUCUUCCCUCCCUGGCGGCCAUCUCGGCACCGAUGCCGUGCGCGAGCUCACACGCAUCCUGGGAGAGCAGGCGGAGGCUAAACGCGCUGUGCUCAGGCAGUUCUCGGAGGUGUCAGCGAGCAUUGCCGAGGCCGACGGCGCUUCGCCAUCGGGAUAG